UACUUGAGUUGUUUCUAUUUAGGUAUCUUUAAUUUUACUCAAGUAUGACAAUUGGGUACUUUUUCGUCCACUGAGAAUUAAGCAUAAUGAUUAUGGAUCUAGAUUGCAGGAAAAAGCUGUUUCAGGUGUUUUAAAAAUGCCAAAUGAUCCUACUUCCGGACCACCCCCCAGCCUUCCUCAAGUACUUUAUGCCCCCUCAGAUUUUUGGGGUGCAUGACACCCCUGACCUCAUAUGUACCCCUUACAUCCCGGUAUGGGGGGUUAUCCUAUAACUCCUAAUUGAUCAGCCCCAGCAUUUGGCAGCCACGGUGGUCCUCUAAUGAGGAGGUUAACAGAUCUGUGAAAUCAGAGCUUCAGUUUGAUAUUCCCUUGGGUUUACACCGGUUAAAAAUAACCCAGAUCGGUCAGCUAAGCAAAAAAGAGUUGGCCUCUGAGGCUGUGGUAGCUGGAUUCUUGUGUAGUGGGACAGGGUUGGCCAGUAUGCAGUCAGUGCGGAAAGCAGGUCAACACCACUGACUGCACUGCUGUGACCUGAAAUAGGGCUGUGUUCAGGAUUACCUAAAACUGAACAUUAAGAAUGACAUCAACAGCAAUUAAAGCACCCCUGGGUGCAAAUAGUCCGGGUGGCCAUUUGAUUAAUUGUUCAGCAGUCUUUUGGACCUAGACUUGGCGCUCCGGUACCGCUAACUUUUAUUUGUGAUAUGUUUAGAACGAAUAGAUUACACCCUUGCAGAACACAUGAACAUGUGCAAUUUCUUUGGGAGAUUUUAUUUGUGGUGACUUGAUAUGUGCAUAUUUGCGUCCCUAAUCUGGCCUCGGUUGUUUAAUUUGUUGCAGUGCUCAAUUAGUUUUUCUCUAACCUCUAACAGUAGUUUUAGGACAUAUUAAAAGGCAAAGUACAUUUUGUGAAGGCUGUGAAUGUGAUAUAAUAAUACAUUUAAAAAAUAGUCUGGGACAAUGUAGACGAGAUGUUGGCUUUCAUUCAACUGGAGCAUAUAUUCAGUACCUAUUGAUAGUCAAUGGCCUGGAGAGAGGGGGGAGGUAAACAAGAUGGCGGCAACCUGAUAGCAGCUGCAUCAAUAAUAGCAAACCUCAUAUUUAUGCAGACAGAGACAAAUAAAACACUACAUAACAUCUGUCGAUAGAGUCUGGAUGUUAAGGUUCUCUGGAGCAGUUGCCAACUGGGAAAGACUAGUGAACUCCAUAGAAGAGCUGACAAUAAAUCUAGGACCCAGAGCAUAACCAAAGUAAAGACUGAAAUAACUAAUUUCGGUGUGAUUGAGUAUUUAUUGCAUCUGCACUUAGAUCAAGGCAAACCAAUGGUGACCAUGGAUCGCUACAAGGUUCUAUGGCCGUCAUGCUUUGCUUGGCUUUGAAACAGGACUGGUUACCUCUCCGUCUGCAUGUCGCCAUCUCAUAUCAGAUCACAGAUGGAGGUGACAUGGAGCUAAGCAGCGGAAUGUAAACUCAGCCAGACAUCUCACUCUGCUCAGUAGCACCUGUCCCACAGCCUGAACUCUCCACAAAUCUUUUCACCCUGGAACCUUGGCAUCGCUGGGUCUUAGUUAACUACCCCACACCACUCUGGAAACGUUUACAGCUAGCCUACAUCUUGUUCCCACGAACUUAAACUAACCUCUGUGUUUACAGACCUACUCUAUUACAAGGUAAACUGUUUCUCUCAAUGCCCAUGCCUGGCUACACCUCCAAUGUCACUUAGUGUUUUCUAAUUGAACUGUGUCCCUGAGCCACCAGCAUACACAGCCCAAGCCAAAGGCUUGAGGUCACAGUCCACUAUAUUGGACUGUCUGGACGCUACACACUACAGUAACUAAGUUGAUUUAACCAUGAGUGUCGGGGAGCUGCAGCACCUGGACUAUCUGACUGAGAAUGAGCUGAUGGGCAUGGACACGUUCAUCCACCGCAUCGACUCCACAGAGGUGAUCUACCAGCCGCGCAGGAAGAGGGCCAAGCUGAUCGGGAAGUACCUGAUGGGAGACCUGUUGGGGGAGGGCUCCUACGGUAAGGUGAAGGAGAUGCUGGACUCUGACACGCUGUGUCGCAGGGCCGUCAAGAUCCUCAAGAAGAAGAAGCUCAGAAGGAUCCCCAAUGGAGAGGCCAACGUGAAGAAGGAGAUCCAGCUGCUCCGGAGACUUCAGAACAAAAAUGUGAUCCAUUUGGUGGACGUGUUGUACAAUGAAGAGAAGCAGAAAAUGUAUAUGGUGAUGGAGUAUUGCGUAUGUGGGAUGCAAGAAAUGCUGGACAGCGUCCCAGAGAAAAGAUUUCCAGUAUUUCAAGCUCACGGGUACUUUUUACAGCUGUUAGAUGGUCUUGAAUAUUUGCACAGCCAGGGAAUCGUUCACAAAGACAUUAAACCAGGGAAUCUGCUGCUGACCACCGACGGCACGCUCAAGAUCUCAGACCUGGGCGUGGCAGAGGCUCUGCACCCGUUUGCAAAGGAUGACACGUGCCGUACAAGUCAGGGAUCGCCAGCGUUUCAGCCCCCCGAGAUCGCCAACGGCCUGGACACGUUUUCAGGGUUCAAAGUGGACAUCUGGUCCGCAGGCGUCACACUAUACAACAUUACAACGAGUCUAUAUCCGUUUGAAGGGGACAACAUCUAUAAGCUAUUUGAGAACAUUGGGAAGGGAGACUACAGUGUUCCUGAGGAGUGUGGCCCCUCCCUGUCAGACCUAUUGCAAGGAAUGCUUGAAUAUGAUCCCGUCAAGAGGUUUUCCAUACAGCACAUCCGGCAACACAACUGGGUACGUAAAAAACACCCACCAACGGAGCCCCCGGUGCCCAUCCCAGCCAGCGCGGAGAGCCGGGACGUGUGGCGCAGCAUGACGGUGGUGCCCUACCUGGAAGACCUGCACGGCUACACCGAGGAAGAGGACCAGGAGUUCUAUGACCAGGAGGAUGACAUCAUCUACACUCAGGACUUCACUGUGCCAGGGCAGGUACCAGAGGAGGAUGAGGCUGAGGUGGAUCUGAGCCGGGCCCAGGCCAAGCCUGUGUGUGUAAACGGAACGGAGAGCAAGGCCAAGCCUGAGCGCAGGUCCUCCUCCUCAUCCAAUCCCUCCCGCAAAGGAGUCUCCACAGCCAGCAAGAUACGCAAGUUCUCCACCUGCAAACAGCAAUGACCCCACCUCAACAACCCAUCUGGUUUAUCUUUCCCAUCCUUGGCACGGGUGAGAGAGAACUGCUGAUGUUGUUCCUCCUGAACCAUUUGGCUACAAACUCUUCAAGGAUGUUAUGCGCACAGCGGAGAGAUGGACAGAGAGCAGCAGAGAAACAGACUGUACCCUCAAGGGUCUUUGUGUGAAGUGGCUCUUUGUGUUUCCGUUCCCCCUCUGUUCUUUUGCUCCCUCCGUCCUCCCCUCUCAGGCUGUCCCAGAGGAGGCAUGGCUGGCCGUGCAAGUCCCACCUUCGUGACCCCAUUGGUUUUAGUUCUUAGACAACCUUUUAUUUGACAGAACCUAAAGAUACACAUUGUAAAAUGAAUUUGAUUGAUAAAGAAUAGCUCUUCAUUUGAACUAUGAGGAUAGUGAUACUGAUAUAAAAACUGCAUGCUGGAUUGAACUUUGAGAAACUGCUGAGUUAAGGACAGACAAACAGACUGAAACCUUGGCCUCCACCACUGGUGUGUUGGGAGGGGCUUUAUUGUGUUCAUUAGGUUUUGUUUAUUUUUUUCCAAUUAAUCUUUUUUUAUUAUUAUUUAUAUAAAACACAUCCCAACCAAA